CGGUCGUCGCAAGGGCCGUGGAACCUUCGUCAGUGAAUCUCAGUUAACGGUGGGCUACCAUGGACAAGGAGAACCAGCUAAAACAUCCCUUGGUUAUCGAGUACCGGAAAAACUAUGGGACGUCUGCCAGCUCGCAAACGUUUGCGCCUGCGGCCUCGGGCCAAACCUCCACGGAACCGAUACCCCAGCGCUCCAUCAUCUAUUGCGUGCACGGACAGCUGGCCAACUCAUGCUGCGAGCUGCCAAACGAGCUUAGCAUCCGGAAGAUUGACUCGCACUGUCACAAACCACGACCAGAGGGGAUCGAUAAGAUAGCCCGGAAGAAGCUCAUACUGGCGAGUGUGCUUUGUGUCAUUUUUAUGAUUGCCGAGAUAAUAGGUGGUAUUUACUCCAACAGUCUCGCUAUCGCGACAGAUGCAGCCCAUCUCAUGGCGGACUUGGCAAGCUUUAUGAUAUCCCUGCUGGCCUUAUGGAUAGCGGCAAGGCCGUCCACGAAGCGGUUAUCUUUUGGCUGGUAUCGUGCAGAAGUGAUAGGCGCUCUGGUGUCGGUGUUGAUGAUCUGGGUGGUGACAGCAAUCCUGUUUUAUUUGGCCGUGCUACGGACUAUCAACAGAGAUUUCGAACUAAACGGCGAGGUGAUGUUGAUAACAUCUGGAUUGGGAAUUUUGGUCAACGUGAUCAUGGGUGCCACGCUGCACCAUCACGGUCACAGUCAUUCGAGCGGUGGGCAUCACGAGGAAGAAAACAUCAAUGUUCGAGCAGCAUUCAUUCACGUGCUGAGUGAUUUUGUGCAGAGCUUGGGCGUAUUCAUUGCGGCUCUCGUGAUUUACUUCAAGCCAGACUGGAACAUCAUCGACCCGAUCUGCACAUUUGUAUUUUCGCUGCUUGUUCUUGGCACAACAAUCGCCAUCAUGCGAGAUGCUAUAGUGGUUCUUAUGGAGGGCACCCCGAAGUAUCUCGAUUACACCGAAGUUAUGCAAACGUUUCUACAAAUUGAGGGCGUCGUAAGAGUACACAAUCUGCGCAUUUGGGCUCUCAGUAUCAACAAGAUAGCGCUCGCUGCUCAUUUGGCUGUCGAGUCCAAUACCAACACGGAGCUGGUGCUGCGGGAAGCCACGCAAACGGUUCACGCCAAGUAUAGGUUUUUCGAGACAACGCUGCAGAUAGAAGAGUUUCAGCCCGAUAUGGAAGAUUGCAAUCAGUGUUCGAAUCCAAUUUAGUGUACACAGCCCAGAGGGGAGACCGACUACUGGGCGAAGCAAACGUUUCGGUCGUUGUUAAAUGCGGUAAAAUA